AUGGUCGCCUUCUUCACUGCAAACCAAGAUGCCUCCAAGACCAUCUCCAAGAGAUCACAGUUGUUGAAACAAUCUCUAUCAAAGACACUCACUCUUUAUUAUCCCCUCGCCGGAAGGCCCAUCGACGAUAUCUCCUAUGACUGUAAUGACAAGGGGGUUCCGUACACGGUGGCUAGAUUUAAUGGCAAUUUAUGCGAUUAUCUCAAGAAACCUGAUCUCUCAACACUGAUUAAAUUUGUCCCAGAGGAGAUCUUUUCUAUGAAUGAAAUGACUCCAGGUGGUUAUGCAGCUACGUUCCAAGAAACUGUUUUUGCUUGUGGUGGUUUUGCAGUAGGCAUGGUUUUUCCACACAACUUGUUUGAGGGACCUUCUAUGAUUGUAUUCAUGAGAACUUGGGCUACAAUGAUGCGGGAAGGAGAAGUUGCUCAACCUCCCGAUUUCAGCUCCUCAUAUAUCUUUCCACUAAACAAAGCAUUCCCGCAAGAGCUGACCGGCAAGGCUUUAACAGCUCAAGUAUUUCACAGAGAGGGAAAAUUUGUUGUAAGGAGGUUUGUGUUUGAAGGAUCAGCCCUUAGCAAUCUUAAGGCCAAAGCAACGAGAUUAGGUGUGCACAACCCAACGCGUGCGGAAAUGGUAUUUGCAUUCCUCUUUAAACGCAUCAUGUCUGCAACAAAUGCCAAGUCCACUUUGAUAUCAACUGCGGUGAACUUACGACGAAAGGCUGUACCAGAAUUCCCCGAAACAAGUGUGGGAAACAUAUUAUUACCAUCAGUGACAGUAGCAAAUAGUGAAGAAACAGAUGUGCGUAGUUUCGUGUCCCGGAUGAGAGAAGGAAUAUCCCCAAUCAAUGAUGCUCUUUGGAAGAGCCUUCAAGGUGAUCAAGGAUUGCAGUCGCUUUGCGAGUUCUUGAAAAGGUUUGGUGAAUCAUUUUCUAAGGGUUUCUCCAAUGGAGACGAAUUAAUUGUGUUUAAUAGCUGGUGCAACUUAGGCACUAAUACUAUUGAUUUUGGUUCGGGGAAGCCUAUAUGGAUCCCACCUCUUGGUUUUGCCAUACCACCUCAGAUAUACGUGAUUCACCUUGGGGAUACAAGAAUCAGUAAUGGAAUAGAAGCUUGGGUGUCAUUGGAUGAAGAAAUCAUGUCUAUUGUGGAAAAUGACAAGGAACUCCGUUCAAUAGCCUCAAUAGAUCCGAGUCCUCUUCAAAUUGAUUCAAUCAACUCAAAUCUUUGA